GCGGACGCUUCCGGCGGGGGUCAGGGUCCGGGAGUGGGGUGGUGGAGGGUCAGCGCUGUCGCCGCCGCCGCCAUGGGGAAGUCGGAUUUCCUCAGCCCUAAGGCCAUCGCCAACCGCAUCAAGUCCAAGGGGCUGCAGAAGCUGCGCUGGUACUGCCAGAUGUGUCAGAAGCAGUGCCGCGAUGAGAAUGGCUUCAAAUGUCAUUGCAUGUCUGAGUCCCACCAGAGGCAAUUGCUACUGGCUUCUGAAAAUCCUCAGCAAUUCAUGGAUUACUUUUCUGAGGAAUUCCGAAAUGAUUUCCUAGAACUGCUCAGGAGGCGAUUUGGAACAAAGAGAGUCCACAAUAAUAUUGUGUACAAUGAAUAUAUCAGUCAUCGAGAGCACAUCCACAUGAAUGCCACGCAGUGGGAGACGCUGACUGAUUUUACUAAAUGGCUGGGGAGAGAAGGUCUUUGCAAGGUUGAUGAGACUCCAAAAGGCUGGUAUAUUCAAUAUAUUGAUAGAGACCCAGAGACUAUUCGCAGGCAGCAAGAGCAAGAGAGGAAGAAGAAACAGGACCUUGAUGAUGAAGAAAAAACUGCUAAAUUCAUUGAACAACAAGUCAGAAGAGGUUUGGAGGGGAAAGAACUGGAAAAGCCGGUCUAUACUGAACUGAAUAGAGAAAAUGAAGAAGAAAAAGUUACAUUUAAUUUAAACAAAGGAGCAAGUACUUCAAUAGCAGCAUCUUCCAAAACAAGCAGUGUCCUUGGACCAAAUGCACUGAAGACAGUGGAAGGAGCAGUUAAAAGAAAAGAAUCAUCUCAUAGCUCUGGUCAGUCCAAAGAGAAAAAGAAGAAAUCUGCACUGGAUGAGAUUAUGGAGCUUGAAGAGGAGAAGAAAAGAACAUCUCGAAGAGACUACUGGUUGCAGCCCGAAAUCGUUGUAAAAAUUGUAACAAAAAAGCUCGGAGAGAAGUAUCACAAGAAGAAGGCAGUUGUGAAGGAAGUGAUUGACAAAUAUACAGCAGUUGUGAAGAUGAUUGAUUCUGGAGACAAACUGAAGCUUGAUCAGACGCAUCUAGAAACUGUAAUACCAGCACCAGGCAAGAAAGUGAUGGUGUUAAAUGGUGGUUACAGGGGAAACGAAGGCAUCUUGGAAUCUAUCAACGAAAAGCGAUUUUCAGCGACAAUAAUCAUCGACUCUGGACCUCUAAAAGGACGCCGAGUUGAAGAUAUCCAGUAUGAAGACAUUUCCAAACUCGCCUGAGGCACUAAUCGUGGAUCAGAGAUUUUGGUUCCCCAGAACAUCUUUUUGGCACCUUGCAGGCAGGCACGAGACUCUACCAUGUCAGGGUUCUAACUGCGUGUGUAUGUAUUUAUAAUGUAUAUAGAAAUGAACCACAAGCAAACUGGAUUUAUUUAAAGGUCACUGUUUGUUACAUAAAGUGUUUGUGGAAAUCUUACCAGUGGAAAUAUUUCAUCUGAUUCUGUGUCAAAGUUAUGUUAUAAUAUUUGGUUCAAUUUCCUUUUGUAAAAUAUAGCAGAUAGCUGCAAGAUGGAGUAUUUUAUUUACUGAAGAAUGUUAGGAGUUCUGUAAGAGCGAGAAUUACCCACAAAUAGCUGCUUGAGGCAGGCAGCGUGUGUCGGAGCCAGUGGAGUUUAAACAGCACACUUCUCAAUCCGCAGCCAAAAUUGAGUUCUGGCGGCAGGAACAAGGGAAGGGAUUAGGAGAAUAGCAGUAAGGUAACAGUGCUGCAAGGGAUUAUUUUCCUGUAUUUUUCGAAGAAUGGUCUGGUUUAUUCAGUGCUGUCACCAACUUAUUUUUGGUUAGCACAUCAGCGACAGUAGAAUCCAAGUCAUCACUCCUCCAUCAUCGUGUUUGUCAGGGUUCCUAAUAGUACUAUUAUGCAAUUUGUCUUCAUACGGACUCCAAGGUGGAUGUUAACUGGUGGGGUUUUUAGGAUGCCAGCUGAAGUGUGCACAGAUACGAAUUGGUGAUUGCUGGUUUGGUUUUCUGGAGCCUUUUCCUUUGUUCAUGCUUCCAUUUUAGUUCUGUACAUGAGUAAGAUUACUCAUGCUAAAUGAUGUAACAUUACUUUUUUAUUUAAAAAAAAAGUCACAUUUUGUACAAUGUUUAAUUUCUAAGGCAGUUCUGGAAUAAACAUUAACCUUUCUUAGGUCA